ACCCUCACGUGAACGCGCGGGGGAAUCCCCGGUCUGUCGAUACUCAGCCCCGUGUGAGCUGGUGUGAGGGCGAGUCCAGACACGGGCGUUGCUGAGCUUCGACGUGCAGGGCCCGGGACACUCGGGUGGGAGGGCAGCGUGACUCACCUGGCUCACAGGUGAGGUGGGGCUGAGCGGAUUCUGAGCUCUGCUGGUAAACACAGUCUGUCCCAGCGGCUGUGAGCGGUGAUCAAACACCGCGUGGAUCAGUUGUUGGUGUUUUGUUAUCGUUGUUAUCGUUUGUCACGUACAGCUUUAAGAGGCGGAACCGGAAAUCCUCCAAGACAGAAGCAGUCUGCGGACGGAGACGUCCAGAUUAUCCAGCUCCGCGAGGAAGUGCGUCGGUGUGUGUUUCGAUUCUUCAGCUCCAGCCACCGCGUUCGGACACCGGCCACAGACCGAGGAAUGAGGCCGACACCAUGCUGCUGAUCCUGCUCUGCCUCCACGCCUUCUCCCGGGUCGCGUCUCAGGCGCCGCCGCCGCCUCCACAGAACGUCCAGGUGGAGAAGGGUCAGCUGACGUGGACUCCAGGGGAGCCGGGCGUUACCUACACUGUGAAUUACCGCAGAUUUAACUCUGAUAAAUGGGAAGCUCUUCCAGCUUGCAUCCAGACGCCUUUCUAUUCCUGCAACAUAUCAGCGAUUGGGCCGAGCGACACUAACGACUCGCCUGAGAACAGCUGCGUGACGCUGCGUGUGCAGGCCGAGAGACGGGGGCUGAGAUCUGAGGGUGUUAAAGCCUGCAGCAGAGACGGUGACGUCUGCACGCCUCUGUUCAGCAUUUUGACCCGGCCCGGAUCACUCACUGUACACCUGAGUGCCGACCACGAGCUGGCGAAGGAACACGCUGACAAUGCCAAGCACAGGAUUUACUUUGGCAAAGAGGGAGAGAGUCCUCUGAAGGUGUAUGAAGACACCAUAGCCUCCAGGACCAUUGAAAAGCUGGAGGAGGGGCAGCGGUACUGUGUUCAGGUGGCCUAUACGGUCCACGGGGAACUCGUGGAACCACGCAGCUGCAUCCAGUGUGAGUUCAUCCCUAAAUCAGAACACGUGAACAGGACGCCGAUGAUCGUGGGGCUGCUCGUCAGCAUCGUGGUCCUCGCCAUCAUCAUUCUCGCAUUGGGAUACCUCGGGUUUUUCCAAACUGAGAAAAUCAAACGCUGCCUGGAGCCAUAUAAAUAUGAAAUCCCACCGAAUCCGUUUCCUGGGGAAUUUGAAGUCCGAACAUUUAUUCCCACUGUAGAGCUCUAUGACGACCUCCAGAUCUCUGACGGUAACUACGAGCCCAGAUCAGCACUCUGCUCUCCCGCCGCUGCUUCCUGAACUCUUGGAAAGGCUCCGCCCUCUCACAGAGACUCCAUUCAGAGUUUACCAGCAGAGGCGACUGAGUCGUUUACCUGCUCCAGGUGACAUAACCAUGCACCAUCUGGAUUACUUACCUGUGAGCACCUGAUCUCAGAACAUUUGUGAACUACUCCCAUGAGGACAGCGGGUGGAGUAAAACCAGGACGGAGCGCAGCGAGCAGCUUCCUGACACUAAUUUUAACCACUGCGCUCUAACAACCAUCGCAGCAGACGAGCGGGUCACUCUAGCAUUAACCAAGUCUCGUUUCUGAAUGACCACGCCUCCGUGAAUGUUCUCCACGCUGCCACUGCUUCAAACCUCUGAUGACAGAAAAUAGUAGAAAAACAGGAACUGCAAACACGUCUGCGUGCUCUUUCUCAAACUUCCUACAGUCCUGUUUAACUCUGAGAGUUAGUUUCUUUAUUAGUAACUGUCGGUGAGAGCGUUCCUGGGCAGGUGGGAAUAACACGCUCACUGCUGGAUCUGACUGGCUGCGGUAAGAGGACAGUCGUGGCCAACACUUCCUGUUUCAGUGAAAUAGGAAGUGUCGCAUGCGCCUGUAACAUGAACACUGUUGGGUAAAUGUUUGUCUACGGGAAAUUUUCAUGUAAUUCUUUUUUUUUUUUUGGGGGGGGGGGGUCAUAGAAAGCCCCUCCUCCCUGCAGAGGUCGACUCCCCGUCCUUCUGAAUAAGCGGAGUUCACCUUAAUAAAAUGUCUGAGUCACUGGUGAGGCUGAGUCAUUGCUUCCAGUAAACAGCAGGUCAAAGGUUACAGUAACAAACAAAGCAGCAGCUCACAGCCACGCCCACAAAACUUUUUAUUGUUUCAGAAAAAUGACAGUUUGAGUUCUGCUCCGAGCUUCAGGAACGACUGAAGCAGCCAAGAUUUUAAACUUUAAUACUGAAAACUCAUCAACACACAUCGUAGUCACAAACAGGAAGUUCAGGAAGACAAACGUCCUUUUAUAAUCCAGUGUCAGACUGAGACGAGACAGCAAAUGUGCUUCCAGCUAUAAAUUAGCCCCGCCCCCUUGAAGUGUCAGCCUGGAAGAUUUUCAUUAAAAAUACAUGUAACAAUCACAGACUUUUAAUUUGGAGGAGUCACAGGAAGUGACCUAAAACGAUUUUAAUCUGACCCCAAAACCUAAAACGGUCCAGAGUGAGCGUGAUCUGAUGGAUGAGGUGAAACACUGUGUGUGUGUGUGUGAGUGAGACACCUGUGGCUAACAGGUUAGCAUCCGUCCUGUGGCGGCUACACAUCGCUCCGCUCGACUGUUCUACAUCCAACCACAGCAGGACGGGGCCGGUUUGUUCGGCUUUUUGUUUACGUCUUCUUGUCAGAGCGAGAGGCGAGUCUCACAUCCAGCUGUUUACAGCUAACAUGUGACCUUUAGCAUUUAACCAACAGGAAGUGAGGCUGAAAUCUCCCAGAGUGACACUUUAACAGUAAGACCGGCGGUCCUGCCCGCCAGCAGGAAUUCCCUCAUUUUACAAAACACGCAGACUGACACAGAGAGAGAAGUGAAACAUAACAACAGAGCUAUAUUUACAUGCAUGUGUGUGUGCGCGCAGCAGCACUGAUUGGUCUCCAUUUAAAAAGCAACAUUAAUACUAAAAGUGUUUUUACAGCUUCGAUUAAAACAGCAGAAUACAAAACAUCUGAAGCAAACCAGACGUGUGUGUGUGUGUGUAGAGACGUCUUAACCCCAUAAAUCUUCAGUGCGGCCGAACUUGUAGAUCAGAGUGCU